AUGGAGGGCUCGAAAAUUAGUGACGUCCUCGUACGUAGGUCACAGACAAAUGUGCUGAAUAAUCAGAUAUCAUGGUCAAGACAAGGACAUCUCGCCUACGCGGCUCCUCACGUUGGGAAACAUAAUUUGCUAAUGACAUAUCUUGAGUGUGUUGACGGUCAGACCUGGCAAUUGGCGCCACCAACAGGAUUCCAAAUAGGAUCGUUUGCCAGAGCAUUGGGAACUAGAAAGUAUCAUUAUGAUCACGAGGAUGAACAAAUUCCGGGAGCUGAUAAUUUAUCUAAGCUGACGACUGUUCAGUUUAGUAAUACUGGGUGGGACUUAUUUCUUAGCGACUCGAUCGGCCACGUGUCCAUUUGUGUGACUGGAAUUAAGAGAGUACCCCCUACUGCCCCUGGACAUGCCGUGGCUCAUACUGCUGCUACCCCCUCGAUUAGUCAUUCUCCGCCAUCACAAAACCAGGGGGUACAGGCUGCGCAAUAUUCCCGUACUUCGUUUAAUUCGUUCGAGCUCCUGUACACGGACAGCUCGUUUGCCCCAUUUCCAGAUCUUUCAACCGCUUUGAAAAAGGAGGGAAACCAGAUAUUGUCCGUCAAAUGGCUCAACAUAGAUAAACCUGUGAUCGUCAACUCCCCGGCGGUGAAAACACAAUCAACGCAGGAGACCGCCGUGACGAAUGGCUGCGCGUCAAAACUGGGAGCUGCUGCACACGAUGCUCAGGGCUACUACUACACUUACACAGCUCACCAAUACAAGCCGUACGGGGCUAUGCACCCUCUGGCGACGAAACAGGCAUGUAUUGGCGUGCGAAAAAAUGGAGAGGUUUGUCUCUGGUACCAGGAGGAUCACGGAAUCGAGUACAAGAGAGUCGUGAAUCAGCUCCCUGUAGGAGAUGUCCUACUUCAGCAUGCUGCAAUCGGCUUCACCAGAGACGGGGAAGUUAUUGUGGCUGUCCAAAUCGGAGACGAUUUGAAACUAUUCAGGAUAGUCAUUGAUUGGGGUUUUCUUAACGAAGCGGCCAAACAACUUACCAAAACGCCUUCGUACAGAGUUCCCGAUGAAAAUAGAAUACCUCCGAAACUAGAUAUCCGCAAGGUGGCGAGCAGAAACCUCUGCUCUGUCGACCGUAACGCAUCUUUCUGUACUGGUGUACAGUUAGUCUCUCCAGAUUUCAGCCAGUCCACGGAAUUAGAGCUGCUUUUGGUUUUUGACAACGAUAGAUGUCUCGGGACUAGGUCUCCCGUCUCCACAAUCUACAGAUAUCAAUUGCGUCACCUCGACAUGGCUUCUGUCAUCCAUCCUAUGUUUGGACGGAUAGCAUCUAAUCAGAACAGCGUUUUUGAGUCCCGCAAAACCUAUAAUCUCUUAUUCAAACAGAAAUUCACCUUUGAUGAAGCAAUUGUAUGUCUCGAGUUGCUAAACCUUGAUCUGACCAUCGCAGUUACACUGGCAAAUGGUGUCAUCAAACUGAUUGAUAGGCAAACUUUCAAGGUCGCCCAAAAUAUUUACAAUUCGGAUGGAAUGAGUGAUGAUUUUGGGCCAACAGUUCCUCUGCUCCCAGAAACCGUGUCAUGUCUCAGUGAUGCGGGAUUUGAGUUUCCGAAAAUCCAAUUCCAGCCGCAAUACACCUGUAUUUCGCCAAACGUUUGUUGCUGUGUUGCUAUGCCGUGGAGCGAAACAACACUCCACAUCUAUUCUACCCGCACGAACGCGUCGCAAUCAGACGGCCCUCCCAAUAGAAAAGGGCUUCUUCUGGCCACAGCAGCAGCCAUAGCUUUUUGUCAUACCAAUGCUUGCUACUAUGGGUAUUCAGCAGAUGAUCUGGUGGCCACGAUUCGCUGCGAGCUUGAACAGGCUAAAAUCAAUCGCGGAGAUGAGUACGCCUAUAGACUUUUGAUGUCAAUAUUGCAGGAAAGCCAGAGAGCGAUAAACUUGAGUGUCGAUGUUUCCAGCGAGCAAACAGAUAAAAUGCUCCAGAACCAACCUCUGCAACGAAUACUCACUCUGCAAUUGUCUCUUGGCACAGAACUGAACUGGCGGCGGAACAAAAGCGGCAUGAUAGCCUGGGCGCUUGUAAAUUUGAAGUUUGUCACGUCAUCUAUCAUGUACACCAUUCACACGAUUUAUUCCAAUAUGCAAAGGUUUGCAAAAAAAGGACUUCAUGUUUCUGAUACUCUUGCAAAUGCACGCGCCCGCGAAGAGAGCAUUAUUGCUGUGCUUGGAGUUAUCAGAUGGUGUGUCGACUAUAUCGUAUGGUUGAAUCAAGAGCUGGUUGAGCUGCACGGUGUCUUCAAAAGUAAUAACCCGAAAGAAGUUGAGCAGUUUCUUGCCAAGUCGGUUGCAAUUCCUCUUGUGCUGGGGAAAGUUCCACGAUCGUUCCUAAUUUUUGCGAUUUCCAACAUAAGGAGACUCUUCUCUUUCGUGCAAAAGUUCAUUGAGAAAAACGAUCCUUCACUGGCCGCUUUAGUGACUCCUGAUAAUCCAAUGGGGACUUUCAAAUCACUUGAAAACCAACUGCUUGCAGAUUCGCCAUGGACGCUGGCUGGCCCAUCAAUCAACCAGAGUCAGUUGGGAAAAGUCAUUGUAGCACAUCCAACGAUCGAGGCCUACGUUCGUUUGGGAUCGCUGAUGAACAAUUCGCCGAUAACCUUGCACGCUUUUGAAAGGUUUCUUUUGGAAGCAGACGGGCCGCUCAGAAAUAUGAGACUGGAUCAAGUGACAGCACUUGCAAUUGAACAGCAGCUUAUAUGCCAGGGACAUGUUUCAAAGACGUUUGUUGAGCCUCUUAGAAAAUUGUGCGAAGUGUAUGAUCGGGUUGUGCUUACCAACGGGAGUGUCGACCUUGUGGAAUUAUAUUUCUAUGAUGUGAGCUGGCUUAAUCUCGGUGUCAGGGAGGCAGAUACUGCAGAUAUCGAAGCAAGAGAAACGCGUCCUGCUCUGAUUCAGCAGACGGACCACAAGAUCUCAAACAUCUACAACAAAAAGCUCAUACAGAUGAACACUUAUGAUGGCCUCAUUCUCGAUAUGCUCCGCCGGCAACUCCUGAAGCCCUCCGAGUUUAUUGUGGACCAAUCUGUACAGCAAGUGAAUGGCUCUGGAAGUAGACCUGCAGUGAAUGGCUCAACUUCCUCCAAUACGCAUACAUUAAUGAUGCGCAAAUGUAUCAGAUGUGGUACUAUUUCCUCGGUCAACGACAAUGAGGUAUAUUUCAGUUCGCCCACAUUUAUUGUCAACCCGGUGUACCAGCAUUAUCAGCGAAUUUGUUUUUGUGGCGGCGCCUGGGCUAAUAUGUGA